AUGGUCCAGCCUUUCCCAGACCCAGCCUCACCUCCUCUCUGCAUGUGGAUGCCCUGCGUUUUGCUACUGCUGUGUCUGGUGGCUUCUCCUGGACAGGAGGUCCCACCUGCUCCUGGUCACCUUUCCAUCAGCCCCACUGACACACGGUUGAUGACCUUUUUAUCCGAAAAUGUACGGGAGCCAGUGUUUAAUAAGCUGGAGCUGGUGUUUAACAAGCCUGGCUUACAGGAAAGUUAUUGCGCUGCUCAGCAACAGGUGCGUAUUCAGGCUGCGUCGUUUUCACUCUACGAGGACACUGUCCGAAAGUGGUGGCAAUAUCGCAAUGAGUGCUUCCAAAAGAUCACAUCUGAGCCAUAUCCACUGACAGCCCGUCCUAAACUUGGUGUUUCCUUUUGCUCAGGAGUGUUCUGCAAUCGUACAUUUGACAUGUACAUUUGCUGGCCGGAUGGUUUUCCUGGAACAACAGUGAAUGUUUCGUGUCCAUGGUACCUUCCUUGGCAGAGUCGAGGUAACACACAAUUUGAUUCAAUCCGUAUCCCCAGUCACUGGUCUCCAUCUCCAAGUCUUUCUAUGCUCUUGGUUCCAGUUAGGGAUCGCUACGCUUUCCGGUAUUGCAGUGACAAUGGGAGCUGGCUGCUGGAUUUGGUCUCACAGGGGCCUUGGGCUGACAGCUCGCAGUGUGCUGAAGAUGAUGCCUUUCUACAUCAGCAGGUUGUAAGGCACAGUAUCCAGCGCAAGCUACGCUUUGUGUACACAGCAGGCUACACACUUUCCCUCAUCUCACUCGUGGCAGCAAACCUCACACUCAUCUCAUUGCGGAAGCUCCGAUGCACAAGAAACUACAUCCACGUGAACCUCUUCAGCUCGUUCAUCUUGCGGGCCAUCUCGGUGUUGCUGAAAGACAGCUUCACUGACAGCCCUGACUCUGAGAGCGUCCCGACAGAAGGCACGCACAGCACUGGCUCCGACACGGUGAGGAAGUCCAUGCUUUUCAUUGCCUCGGGCCCAAUACUGUGGACGCAGGGGGAAGAGUUACAGUUAGCGCCUCUGAUCUGGGUUCCUUGUCGGGCUGCACAGCUGCUAUUGCAUUACUCCGUGGCCAGUUCCUGGUACUGGCUGCUGGUGGAGGGAAUCUUCCUCUACACCCUCCUCGUCCUCUCAGUCUUCUCACCAACCAAGAGUUACAGACUUUACCUGAUGAUAGGCUGGGGGCUGCCCCUGGCCCCUCUCAUACCCUGGACGCUUGUCAAGUACUUUCAGGAAAACAGUGGGUGCUGGAGGCAGAACAGCAACAUGGGAUUCUGGUGGAUACUCCGAGCGCCACUCCUGCUGGUGAUCUGUAUAAAUGUCGCAAUAUUUGUCCGAAUAAUGAUGCUUCUGAUCUCGAAGAUGAGAUCUCACCAGAUGCAGAAUACAGACUUCAGAUAUCGGCUAACGAAAUCCACACUCAUUUUAAUUCCCAUGUUGGGAGUGCACGAGAUUGUCUUGGCUUUGGUGACGGAUGAGAUGGCAGAGGGAACAUUACGAUACUUGAAGCUCUCUGUCGAGCUCUUCUUUGGCUCUGUCCAGGGUUUCUUGGUGGCUGUUCUUUACUGCUUCAUCAACAGAGAGGUACAGAAUGAAGUGUGCAAGGAGCUAUUCCAGUGGAAGGUGGCAAAAUGCCUGAGCUGGAAGCGUAACAGCCCUGUCACUAACUCCAACUGCUGCCAGCAAAAAGGCACGAGGAGCCACGAUGAGCCUGGAGCCCGUGAGGAGCUGGACUCCCCCUGUACCGAUGAGGCGUUUCUCAGCAUGGCCAGCUCCAGCUGUGAACUGGAGCUCUGCCACCAGACCCCCAACACCUUGCUCCAAGUCUCUGCAGUUUAGGUGUUCUACUCCCACAUACACCCCUCCUCUCCAUGUGCUGGGCUCGGUCUCUGCCCUGUCUGUCAUACUCACCCUCUCUUCUUUCAUCUUAGGAACGCAGAACUGGGAGCAGUAAAACCCGUGAGAAAUAAACCACUUACCUGCAUAAGUCACCACCUGCUUGUGGCAAUCCUUAGCGUUCUUCAACUACCACAAGGAGUAGGUGAGGUGAAAAGCAUAGAUGCAUUUCAGGGGAAGCUAAACAAGUACAUGAGGCAGAAAGCAAUAGAAGGUUAUGCUGAUGGGCUUAGUUGAGGAA